CAGCCCCGGAUGCAUGACUUCAUUCUUCCGCCUGGGUUUCCUUUAUGAUGUAGGGCUGCCCCAGCCCCAGCGCACAGACACCUCGGCAGGCUGCAGCGCUCCGCACUCCCUCGCCAGCCCGCCCGCCCGGCUCCGCUGCCGGAUCGCGCUCUCCGGCCGCCCCGCAGGACCCCGGCCGCCGCCAGCAUGUCUGAGAUCCUCCCCUACAGCGAGGAGAAGGUGGCCCGCUUCGGCACCGACUCCGAAGUCAGCGAGAUCUCCUUCAGCUGCCGGCUCCAGGACACCAACUCCUUCUUCGGGGGCAACCAGGCCAAGCGGCCCCCCAAGCUGGGGCAGAUCGGCAGGGCCAAGAGAGUGGUGAUCGAAGAUGAUAGAAUAGACGAGGUGCUGAAGGGGAUGACAGACAAGUCGCCUUCUGGGGUAUAAGCCGGCAGAGGAGGCGCCUGCACUGAGCUGCAGACUCUGUUCACUGAUUUUAAGCACUUUUGGCCGUGCAUGUUUGUUGGACUGUGGUCAACGAGGAAAGCAAAGGAAGGAGAUGAGGCUGCUGGCGACACCUUCCACCCCCAACCCAGACCCCAGCCCGAGGCGGUAACGGAUGGGGCCAUCUCACCCUCCUCAGCAUCCAGCCGAGAGCGAUGGGACAAAGGGAGCUGGCCGUCCAUCCCUGUCCAGAUUUUCAGGGCGCCGUGCCCACCCCGGAGAUGCCAUCUUUUUCAGCACCACGUCCUGCCCUCGCAACCCCCCUCCCUGCAGAAUGGAGGAGCCGGCUACUGAGGCGCUAUCCAGGGCCAGCGCCACUUCCAGCGCCCUCCCGCGGAGCUGUCCAUUCCAGCGCCACUUCCAGCGCCACUUCCAGCGCCCUCCCGGGGAGCUGUCCAUUCCAGCGCCCUCCCGGGGAGCUGUCCAUUCCAGCGCCACUUCCAGCGCCCUCCCGGGGAGCUGUCCAUUCCAGCGCCCUCCCGGGGAGCUGUCCAUUCCAGCGCCACUUCCAGCGCCCUCCCGGGGAGCUGUCCAUUCCAGCGCCACUUCCAGCGCCCUCCCGGGAGCUGUCCAUUCCAGCGCCACUUCCAGCGCCCUCCCGCGGAGCUGUCCAUUCCAGCGCCACUUCCAGCCCCCUCCCCGGGAGCUGUCCAUUCCACGCCACUUCCAGCGCCCUCCCGGGGAGCUGUCCAUUCCAGCGCCACUUCCAGCGCCCUCCCGCGGAGCUGUCCAUUCCAGCGCCACUUCCAGCGCCACUUCCAGCGCCCUCCCGGGGAGCUGUCCAUUCCAGCGCCCUCCCGGGGAGCUGUCCAUUCCAGCGCCACUUCCAGCGCCCUCCCGGGGAGCUGUCCAUUCCAGCGCCACUUCCAGCGCCACUUCCAGCGCCCUCCCGGGGAGCUGUCCAGUCCAGCGCCCUCCCGGGGAGCUGUCCAGUCCAGCACCCUCCUGAGGAGCUGUCCAUUCCAGCGGCACUUCCAGGGAGCUGUCCAUUCCAGCCCCCACUCCUCUCCCAUGCCCUUCUUCCCAGCCCCACUAAGCCCCCCCCCACUUUCCCCAUGCCAUGAUGCCGAGGUGCUGUUCCCCUGAGAGCGCGGAGCCCUUGGGAUCGCCCAGCGGUCUCAUCUCGAAGAGGGCUCCUGUAGCCAUGCUCUUUACACCUUUCUCUGUCUCUCUCCGAGUGGCUGUGUAUCUCGCCCCUGCACAGACACACACCUCUCUAGCUGUAGCAGGCUCAUUGUGCGUGCAGUCACCCCCCUGCUGUAUUUCAGACCCACACCCAUUCUCUAACUCAUCCAUCCAGCCCCACACCUCAUCCCUGUCCAGUUUGCAAAAUACCAGCAGAUCGGUCGCAAAUCCAAAGCCAGCAGUGCUGAAUGGAAGGCAGAGGUUCCGACCCGGAUGGACUAUAAUAUAAAAGACAGUGAUCGUUUUGCUGUCGAGAGACAUUUUUGCUCCAUCUUUUUUGCAUGAGCUUCCUGGUCCUGGUGCCACAUCUUGGUGCCACUGGUCAUCCCACUCUGGCACGCUUCUUUUUAACAGAACUCCUCAUAUUUGUAUUUUUAUAUCCGAAUCUUUGUUAAAAAUGAUCUGCUAGUGUCUAAGGUUGAAAUACUGCAUCAAAGAUUGUUCAUAUUUUUCCCAUAGGAAAGGAAAAUAAGUGUAAAGAAUGGAAUUUAAAUGGUUGGUUCUCGUAAUUCUAUAUAUCAGUAUUGGACAGGACUUCUGGGCUGUGGUUAGGGUUUUGCACACCUCAAAACACCAGUAAACAAAUGUAUCUAAGAAUCUUAUACUGUGAUUAAUGGCUUUAUUGACGGACCAUGCAGAAACAUAAUGACUUUAGAAGAUCUGAUUGCACUGGCUACGAAUGUGCUUGGAUAACUCGCUGGUUAUUUGACUCCUCUUUCUUGGGGGAUGUUCCGAGUGGGUGUUUUUAAUUUUGUACUUUAAUUUGAUUUAAUUUUUUAAAAAGCUUAUUCUGGUCUGAUGUGCAUGAGAAACGAUCAUCUUUUCAAUAAUAUACUGUGUCAUUUUAUGAGGACAACAAAGCAAAAAAAGAAAAAAAAAGAAAAGGUCAUGCCAUUCUAAGAAUGACCCAUUGUACAUUUCAAUGCCAUUUUUCACUGUAUUGGUGAACAAAAAUCAAUGAAUAAAUACAUACCUGUACCAAAUGGA